AUGACUUUUAUUACUGUCAGGGAUAGGCAAUUUUACCAAGGCAACCGACUUUACUUUAUUAGAGGGGCCAAUUACUGGCAGGGCAUCAACCUUGCAGCUGAAUCAGCGCAUGGUGGAGACAAAAGUCGAUUGAAUUGCGAACUGGACCAGUUGCAGGAAAUGGGAGUGAAUAAUGUGCGUAUUAUGGCUUCAUCUGAAGGACCGGAUGACCAGCCUUAUCGAAUGAGACCAAGCCUACAGCCAAAUUUAGGCGAAUACAACGAGAACAUGUUCCAAGGUCUGGAUUACCUCUUGGACGCAAUUGCCAAAAGAAACAUGACGGCCGUUAUGACCCUGAGUAAUUUCUGGCAUUGGAGUGGAGGAUUCUCACAAUACAUUGCAUGGAUUACACACAAGGAAAUUCCUUAUCCCGUAACACGAGACAAAUGGGAUGCAUUCACAGACUUUACACGCACAUUCUACAACAAUCAAGACACUGUGGUCCAAGAGCAAGUGAACCGGCAUUUCAAGAACCACAUCAGGACAGUGCAAACAAGAAGAAACACAGUCAAUGGCAAAGUGUACAACCAAGAUCCAGCCAUCAUGAGCUGGCAGAUUGCAAACGAACCACAGAAUGCACCCAAAGAGUGGUUUAAUGAAAUUGCAUAUUUCAUCAAGCAGGGAUCACCUCAUCAGCUCGUGUCUGCAGGCAUCGAAAGCAAGGUGGAUCAGACAGAUUUCCUGAAUGCACAUUCAGCAGAUGCCAUUGACUAUUGCACUUGUCAUUGUUGGGUGGAAAAUUGGAAGAAAUAUGAUGCCAGUGAUCCAAAUCCCAACAAUUUGAAACUGGCGCAAGCAUAUUUGCAAGAAUUCAUAAACAGUCGAGCGCAAUGGGCUUUUGAUAUCAACAAGCCGAUUGUGUUGGAGGAAUUUGGCAUGGCAAGAGACGCAUGGCGCAGGCCUCUUGACAGUGCAUACAAAUACGAUCCGUCUACACCAACGAGCCACAAGGAUCAAUUUUACGAGGGGCUUUAUCGACAGAUUGAACAUUUAGCAUCUCAAUUCCGUCACGGAGGUACUAACUUCUGGGCCUAUGGAGGGUUGGGUCGAUCAACGGACCAACCUAAUGGCUUUGGCAUGGUGUGGUUGGGUGAUCCACCGCAUGAGCCCAGAGGCUGGUAUAGCGUCUACAAUAUCGAUUCCACUGUGCGUACCAUCAAGGACCACUGCUCAAGAAUGACCCAGCAGAGACAACAGCAGCAACAACAACAAUAA